GGCCGGGGACCCGUCUCGGUCAUAUUCUCAAGCCCCGUCUCUUCUUCUUCUUCUUCUUCUUUUUCUUCUUGAGACAACAGCAGCAAGUCCGCUCGCCUCUGUCCGCGCGGCACGGCGAUGCUGGUCCGGCCGCUCUCGGACUCGGCGGGGCUGCGUUCGACCAGCAGACUACUCGGACUCGGGGUGGUGGUCAGACGACUGCGGCGGCGUUCGGGGAGGGUCAACAGCGGCGAGGCGUCGCGGUGGGCAGCGUCGAGCGGCUGGGAGUCACUGUCGUGCGAGCGCCAGGGUUGCAGACACGGGGCGGCGACGGCGGGCGUGAGACGCGGGACGUGGUUGACGGGAUUCCACAGGCGGACGGCAGCCGUCGGCGGCGAGCGCGGUAGAGAGGCGGCGGAGGCGGAGGGCGAGGCGGAGGACAGGGCGAGGGUUUCCGUCGGGUUCGAUGGAAGGCGAGAGCGCGAGACGGUGAGUCGCGCCGUGGUGGUGGUGGUGGUGGUGGUGGAUGAGAGGAGAGGGGAAAAGAGAGAGGAGGAGGAGGAGGAGGAGGAGAGACAAAGUGAAGGCGAAAGUGAAGCUGAAGCUGGCUGUGGGUGGGGCCGGCGAUUGGCGGGCUGGAAAGGGGCAAGGCAAGGGUCGUGUAACAACACAUAAAGGUAGGUAAUUAGUUAGUAGUUACUUGGGAGUUGAUGGGAUUGAAAGAGAUGGAUUGCUAGAAGUGAGUGAUGAUAAUAAUUGAGAUGGAGGUUGGUAGAUGGU